AGUAUUUAUACUCUUUCACAGUUACAUGUACUGACCACGUUCUUUUUAAUGUUAUAUAAGGCGCUUACUUAUGUGUGGUAAAUGCAGCCUGGUAGGUGUGCAAUUGUUAGCAUGAUAUACAGACGGAUACUUCCGUGAUGUGUAGUCCUUUUAAUGUAGAGCUACCAGUCUGAAAGAUGGUUUGCAUUCUGUUGAGACAAGUGAAUUCCGCUUAUCUUGUUAUUACUUUUUGUGUAGAUUGUGAAUGCUUCCAUCACGCAUUCAAUGUCCACGUGUUCGUCCAUCAUUAAGUUGCAAUCUUUCAAUUUUUCUUUCAUGACAAGUUGGAAAGCUACCAAGAUGUAUAAGGUGUAGAUUGUUCUUUCGUGAAAAUGGACAAGUUCACUAGAUAAGCAUAACUUUAUAGAGCAGAAUAAACUUAGAAACUGAGGUCACUGCUUAUCAAACGAUCCGCUUUUCUGUGCACACAAAAAAGACUAGAAAUGCAUUUCAAGGCAAAUUAAUCUGGUUUUGACUGACAGAAAGUGGUCCACAAACUAUUCGCACAAUAUUUUGAAACCAUUCAUCUAAAUUAUUAAUAUUAUUGUUCUUCGAAUGGUCGAGGCCCUGUUUCACCUUCCACUCAAUGUCACACAUUUGUCCACCACACAUUAUUCUAUCAAUGUACAAUCAGUUUUCAUCAGUUUUGUCUGAUCUGUGAAAUGACACUGUACAGUUAUCCAGCUUUUGAAAAAAGUUGAGCAUAGUACAUUUCUGAUGUAUUGAAAGUACAGUUAAUUGCAGAAUGGCAAUCUUGAGAAUCUGGCUUGCGUCCCUUGUCCCUAUAAUCAGUCUCACUUCACCACAUGGCCUACCUUGCCACCCCAGCAUAGCUCUAUGUCAUAAAGGAUCGACUCAUCUGUAAAGGUCACUGAGUUCAGAGAUAGUUGAGUAUCAAAAGAUAGCAUCACCGUAAGACCGAGCGUUAUUAGCUAAUAUUUAUCUUUAUUUUAAAAAAAGCAGUCUACUAAUCCAGGACCGCAAUUGCUGCUGAUGUCAAGGCUAGGAACAUUACGAAUUUCUUUAUAUCUAUAUGAAGCAGUGAUGACGAUCAGAUGCGCAUCGUUAACUUGACGGAGACCCAAUACAGUCUAUGCACCUUCCAACAACACUCUUCUGAACGCUGUACACCUUCUGGUAUUAAAAAAACUAACAACAAUUGAUCGACUGGUGCCAAUCGAAACAAGCUCGUGUCUCAAGAAUGUCUGUGGGAAAGAAAGUGCGUGUUCUUAAUGAUGAAGAGAAAGUUCGAUUGCUACAAAAGGGACAUGGUGGCUACAAUGCAGAAAUGCGUUCGGCUCUGGGUAAAGUAGGUGAGGUAAUCAAAGUGGAUGAAGAUGGUGAUUUGGUGGUCAAGAUCAAUGAACGCCAGUGGAUGUUUAAUCCACAAUGCUGCAAGCCUGCCUCUAAUGAAGAUGUCAACAUUUCCCUCUUCUCUGGAAGUGAUGACAGCGAUGCACUUACACCUGAUCUGGGGAGAAAUUUUCUAAAGCUUUUGGCAGCCAUGGCAGCACAGAGGGUAACAGAGGAUGUACAUGUCCUCGUAUUUUUUAAGGCCAUUGCACAACGGGAAGAAAUUCCUGCUCUGGAAAUGUUGAAGAAAAAUCCAAGUCUGGCAACAGAACAAGCUCAGGGACUAACUCCUCUGCAUUUAGCAACCAACCGAGGAUUGCUGUCCAUCACACGUGCAUUGAUUGCUGCAGGAGCUAACAUAAACAAAAUAGACAAAGAUGGUGAUACUCCUUUGAUAGCUGGCAUGUCCAACAUUGAAGUUGCCGAAUUUCUUGUAAAGGAAGGAUGUGAUGUCACCAUAGCCAACGAGAAAGGUCAGACAGCAGGUCACAUGGCCGCCAUGAGAGGUUACUCCUCUUUGCUGAAGCUUAUGCUAAGCAGAGGAGCUGACUUCAAUGCCCAGGAUGUUGCUGGUGAUACACCACUUCAUGAUGCUAUCUUAAAGAAGGAGACAUCUGCAGCUGAAGUAAUAAUUUCAUGGCCCAAAGUUGACAUCCGACGCAGAAAUAAGAAGGGUCUGUCCCCACUUCACUACACUGCUCUGAUAGGAGCGCCUGCCAUAACGGAGCUGCUUCUCAACCGGGACAGAACGAUAGUGGAUGAACAGAAGGAUGAUGGCUUCACACCACUUCAUAUGUGUGCUCUCAAGGGUCAUCAUGAAGUUGUGCAAAUCUUGAUAGAAAAGGGUAAAGCCAAGCUGGACACAAGGAACAAUAGAGGUCUGACACCGCUUCAUGCAGCAUGCUUGAAGAGUCAUUUAAAAACUGUCCAGCUACUUGUUCAGAAAGGAGCAGAUGUAAACAGCAGAGACAACGAUGGUGAUACACCAUUACAUCUUACACUCCUUUCAUCUCCGAUGACUUCAAUGAGACCCGGGAUUCCUUUCCUUAUGAUGAUGAUGAUGAAGAUGAUGGAGGAGGCAAAUGUGGACGAAGAUCAGUGCAUUCGUGUGGCUUGUUUACUGCUUGAGAAUGGCGCCGACCCCACAACUAGAAAUAAUAAGAGAUAUACACCUCUCGACCUCUGCAAAAGUGACAAAGUCAAGAGUGCUGUGGAGAAAUUCAUAGAAAACAGAAGCGAAAUGACUCGAGCAUUAAGCGACAAGGGGACCAGCAGGGAACCUGACAAGUGUGCUACAUGCCUGCAACGGGAACCAGACAUCUUGUUUGUGCCCUGCGGACACCGAGUUGUUUGCAAGUCUUGUUGCGGCAACCUCUCUUUAUGUCCUCAUUGCAGCUCUCAAGUCAAAGUCAAGUUUGACAAAAAUGGGGACAAAUGUUAAGGAAAUAUGGUCAAUAUUACGAGCAGAAAAUCUCGGCUGUGUUGACAAAGUAUGUUACUACCUUGAGUCAGAAAGGACUAUUAAGUGAAAUGGGUUAAUACAGAAGAAGAAAAAACCUCACCUUCAGUCUGGAUCCCAACUGCUAGAUUAAACAUAUAAAAAUGCGUUUAGAAAAAUCAGAAAUAUGAAAAGACUCCGAAAUCAGAAAUAUAAAUAUAUAUAAAAAGACUGUUAAAGUUAAACCUGUAAAAGAUAAGUCUUCAUUUUAAUUGCUAGAUGAAACAUAAAAAUUCAUCAAAACAAGAAAGAGUUGAAUUAUCUUAUAUUAGUAUAUAAUUACCUUAUAUUACAUUAUUAUAUAUCUUAUCUUAUUAUAUGAAAGGUACCUACCUUUAGUUGCAAUAAUUCAUUGUGUUUUGCAGUAAUUUGUAAAGUAAAUGAGAUGUAUGCUGAUUACAUUUUUUACUUUCUCCUUCUUUCUUUUGUUUUGAUCUUUAACUAAGAAGACUUGUACAUGUUCUUGUGUAUAAAAUAUAUAGACCUCUAAUUAAACUCGGUGCAAUACCACCUGUAUCGCCAUAUCUGUAUGCACAUGUAUCGGCCGGGUUUGUUCAGCCUGGACAAUGACAAUGACAAUUCUUUAUUAACGAGAGGUGACAAUGAGAAGGGCAAGGGAAGGUGUGAAUCCUUAGCCAACAAAUUGUUUCUUAAGUGCAAUUCAUUUUUAACUCAAAAGGUUGACGAACCGGAAAAGCAUGAUGCUACUCUUUACAGUGUCUGCAGAUGUUUUUUAAUACUUCACAUCUAAAGCCUUUUCUUGUAUAGGCCUAACCAGAUUUAUUUGUACAUUAAAUGUUUAGGAUGGUUUGUUAUUCUAUGGAAAUAAAGAGAGUUAUUCUAGCUUAUAA